GAAAAUUUCGCAUAUUUCUUUUUGUCAGUUACACAGCUAAUCUUGAUACUACCAUACAAACACAUAUAUUUUCUAGUAAAAAAUGGAGGAGUCGAAGCGACCGUCAACGGGUAAUUCGGUUACCAUACGGCCGAAACUAAUAUAUGGCCUGCGCACAGAUGUCGUUGGCAACAUACAUUUUAAUCUUAGCAAGGAGGUCAUGUAUCCGGUGGAGGGUGUCCUGGCAUUUCAUGAUUAUGUCAGCAACAAGCAGCGUUUCCUUCGAUUCCCAGAGGACACCACACCAGAGAUAAUUGCGCUGAGCUCACAUCGCAAACUGCUUGCGGUGCUCGAGCUGCACGCAAAGAACGGUCGGUGUAUAUCUAUAUAUGAGCUGUCCACGCUUAAGAAGCGACGUCAUCUGGAGCUGCCUGGUAAUCAUCGAAAUGCUCAGGUGCAGCAGAUGAUCUUCACGAACGACUCGCGUGCAAUUGCGCUGGUCACAAAGCCACCCAAUGAGAUGGUCUUCAUGCUGCUAUUAGACAAGACCGGCACUGUGAUUGAGGGACGGGCGACGGUGCCGGGUUCGCACGGCGGCGCAGAGUGCAUUGCCGGUAAUCCCAGCGAUUGCAGUUUCCUUGCCGUUGCCGGCGAACGCACUCUGCUGCUGCUGAGUAAGUCGGAGCGUGGAUUUACCAUAAGCAAUAAUCUGAAGAUUACAUAUCGGGUGACGUCGAUGGCAUUUCUUUCGAUGGAUCUGCUGAUGAUGGGCACCGAUCGCGAUGAGCUGAUCCUCGUCGAGAAUGGUGAACAUAAGCUGAGCCAGAAAGCGAGCGUGGCGGAGACCGUUGAUCUGAUGAUGGACCAGGAGAUGUUUGAUAAGGAACGCGAGACGCAGGAUCAUCGCUACACAGCGAUACAGCCCCUCAUCCUGCCCGAUUGGCGGGUGCUCUGCAUGACAGCCUUUUCCAGAGGCUUCGCCUACAUCAUUUUCAACAAAGUGUUCGUCUUUGAGCGCGUCUCCAAGUUUAAAUUCGAACGUAAGACUGUCUUAACGGUGCCCAUCAGCAUCUAUGCUGAGUCUCUCUAUCAGAUCACCAAUCUGGCCGUGGAUCACAAACAGGAGACGGUAAUUGUGACCUGCGCCCAUGCCCAGAUCUAUGUGGGCAUCCUCAUUGUGCCGGAGACCCUGAAGACCAAACAGCUCAAGUUUGAGCCCCUCGGCGUGCUCAUCCACAUCGGCGAGGUCGUCGACGUGUCCGUUUGCGCCUGGAAACCGAUCAUUAUGACUGCCUCACGGGAUCAAACGAUACGCAUCUGGAACUAUGAGACGGCCAAGGUGGAGCUGGUGCGCAAGUUUCAGGUGGAUGUCAAUAUUGUGGAGCUGAAUUCCACUGGAUUAAUGGCAGCCAUUGGCUUCUCCGAUCAGUUGCGUAUCACACAAAUCUUUAUGGAUGAAUUAAACAUUGUGAAGACGUACAACUUUCCACACUGCAAUGAUGUGCGUUACUCGAAUUUUGGACACCUUAUGGCGGCUGCCUAUGAUAACAAUAUUGCCGUCACAUCAGUCUAUAAUUUAGAGGUGGUGAUCCAAUUGAAAGGACACAAUGGCACCGUUCUCUCCGUUGCGUGGACCAAGACGGAUAAGUAUUUGAUAUCUGGUGGAGCCGAGGGUGCCAUUUAUCAGUGGGACAUCGAGACGGGGGCACGCUUGCAGGAGAUCGUGCAGAAGGGCACCGAGUAUGUGACCAUCUGCGUCAGCUUCAACGAUCCGAUGACAAUAUUCGCUGGAACCAAUCAGGGUACCAUAAGGGAGUUUCAGGACGCGACCCUGCAGCGUGAGAUUCCGGUGCCGUCGCGCAAUAAGGGAGGCGUCUCUGAUCUAUGCCUGGCCCGCUCCGAUCUGAUCAUGUUCAUAGCGGAUCAAGAGGGUGGACUGUUCAAUAUGCAGCUGCCGUUCCUGGAAGCUGGCGGAGGCACCUUCACCAAUUUUCGUUUCUUUGACGGUCCGAUAAACAAGCUGCGUUUCACGUAUGAUGGUACAAUGCUGGUGGCCAUAUCCAAGCGGGGCACCGUUGCCAUUUGGCUGAUGGAGAACAUUGAUGAGAAGGUUUCACCCAUCGAUCAGGAUCUGAUGAAGAGCCAAGAGGUGUUGAUUCCACGCACUCAGCUAAGCGAUAAAGUCGAACAGAUUAUUAAUCUGGAGUUGCGACUUAAGCAGCAGGCCGAGGAGUUCCAGUAUCAGCUCAGUCAGAACGAGAUAUUCGAUGGUCAGCAGCUGCAGGAGGUGCAUCGCAGCUAUUGUAGCGCAUUGGAGGAGCUCAAGGAGUUAAACAACGAGAUUGUGUCCAAGCACACGGAGGAAAUGAAUCUAAUAACGUUCCAGAUCAGCGAUAUGAAACAAGAUUUUCGCUCCCAGAUGGACACACUGGCCAGCCAGUACUCGGAGCGCAUGCUCAUCGAAUACCAAAAGUUCACCAAUCUGCGUGAGAAUAUGCUCGAGCUGCGCGAAAGUUAUGAGGAUAAGCUAAGGAACUCGACGGGCACGCUCCAGGACACGAUUGAGGCACUGGAGAACGAUUACAAGAAGCAGCUGGAUGAACGCAAGGAUCUCAUACGGGAGCUGAUGAAAGAGAUGCAGGACAAAAAAGAAGAGUUCAUCAAAUACUGCCAAGAGGUGGAGGCGGAGAACGAUCGAAACAUGGUCGCCACCCAAACGGAAUACGAGAAUAAACUGACCACGGAGCGCAAUGAGACGCAGAUGUGGCGCGGGAAGGCGGGUGUGCUUCAAAAGAAAUAUGAAUCCCAAGGCAGAGAGAUUGAGAAUCUGCUGGAAGAGGUGGAAACACUCAAAGAGGAGCAUGUCAAGUCACAGAUGAAAAUUCAGAAGCAGUUGCGCAAUGUCGAAGAUCUACAGAAGGACAUCUCGGAUCGCGAUUAUGCCAUCGGUGCCAAGGAGAAGCGCAUACAGGAGCUCCUGCACAAGAAUCAAGAGCUGGACAAAUAUAAACAGGUGCUCAACCACAAGAUAGCCGAACUGAAGGCACAGAUUGAGCCGCGAGAAUUCCAAAUAAACGAUAAGCGAAAGCACAUCAUUGAAAUGGAGCACGAACUGGAAGGACUCAAUCAGAACAACAUACAGCUAGAGCUGCAGCUCAAGGAGAUGCGCGACAAGUAUCUGAGCAAUGUGGCCGAGCUGCGCACGGAGCGACAUCGUGCCAAAUCGGCACGCGAAUGCCUAAAUGCCAUCUGCACGGAUAUCUUCUAUGUGGCCGGGGAGGUGAACAGCUCGGAUGGUCUGAAGAAGGCCGUCAAGGAGCUGUUUCACAAGCAUGCCAGCGAUGAUGAGCUCAAACGUUACGUUUCCCUCGAUGCCGAGGUGCGCGAUGAGUUUUCGCGUCAACGCAAACAGAUUGAGACUGUCCUGGCCCGCUACAAGUCAGUCGCCGAGGAUAAAAGCGUGCAGAAGAAAUACGAUAAGCUGUUCCAGGAGAAUGUGGUCCUGCUCGAAGAGAUUGAGAAUCUGCGCGAAGUGAAUAAAGGACUGCGUUCGCGAGUGCGCCAGGAUGUACGCAAAUCUGUAAAAAGCAAGAGACUAGAAAGUACACGUUCAACGAAAUAAGCCAGCGCUUGAAAGUCUGUUAGAAAUAUUCUUAUAAAAAUAUGUUUCACAUUGGGACAAAUACAUACAUGGGAUAUAACACAUUCAUUCAAAGGAGCUUAAUAGAUUAAUAAAGUAAAAUGGCAUUUAGUUUUAGGCCUCGACUAGCA